UUCAUUUUGAUUUUGAUUUGCAUUUUUCUUCAAUUAUUUGAAACCAGAUUUUACUGAAGUUGCAGAUUUUGAUUUUGUUGGAUAUUUUUGUUUCUCAAUGCACAGUUCAUUUGUUCUUGCUAUCUCUCUUCUUACUAUAAAAAAUUUGUUACUUGUAUACUUUCAUGGCUUAUCAAAGAUUUAACUAACAAUUUGAUUGUUUGAUUUUGACUUUGACACUGAGUUUAAGAAAACAAAGAGAUUUUUGAAUGUUGUGGGAUCUUGUGGUUAUGUGGGAAGUUCCAAAAAGGAAAAUUGAAACUACACAAACAAAUACGAAUGGAGGGAGGAAACCAUUUCGCUCGCUAGCAGCUCCAACUUACUAAUCUACAAAGUUAAGGGUUAUUUUACUCGUUGUAUGGCUUCCUCAAUGGUUGGGGCACAACCAUCAUUCUCAACACUAGCAAUAUCAACCAACGAACCUGUUGUUUCAGUUGACUGGCUCCAUGCAAACAUCAGAGACCCCGACUUAAAGGUGUUAGAUGCAUCUUGGUACAUGCCAGAUGAGCAGAGAAAUCCACUCCAGGAGUAUCAGGUCGCUUGCAUUCCUGGAGCACUAUUCUUUGAUAUAGACGGAAUAACUGAUCGGACUACAAAUUUGCCACAUAUGUUGCCGUCUGAAGAAGCAUUUGCAGCUGCUGUGUCUGCUCUUGGUAUCAAGAACAAAGAUGGGGUUGUUAUAUACGAUGGCAAGGGCAUUUUCAGUGCUGCCCGUGUUUGGUGGAUGUUUCGAGCUUUUGGACAUGACAAAGUUUGGGUUUUGGAUGGUGGCUUGCCAAGAUGGCGUGCUUCAGGUUAUGAUGUCGAGUCACCUGGUGAUGCCAUUCUGAAAGCUAGUGUUGCCACUGAGGCAAUUGAGAAAGUAUACCAAGGACAGAUGGUUGGACCUUCUACCUUCCAGACCAAGUUUCAGCCUCAUCUUGUCUGGAGUCUUGAUCAGGUUAAAAGGAACAUUCAAGACCAGACAUAUCAGCAUAUAGAUGCUCGAUCCAAAGCUAGGUUUGAUGGUGUUGCACCAGAGCCUCGAAAAGGAAUUAACAGUGGACAUGUACCCGGGAGCAAGUGUAUUCCUUUUCCACAGAUGUUGGAUGGCUCACAGACACUCUUAUCCCGUGAAGAGCUCGAGAAAAAAUUUGGUCAAGAAGGUAUCUCUUUGGACAAGCCUAUAGUUGCCUCUUGUGGCACAGGUGUAACUGCUUGCGUACUUGUCUUGGGCCUCCAUCGACUGGGGAAGACUGACAUUCCAGUCUAUGAUGGUUCAUGGACAGAAUGGGCAACACAGCCAGAUACACCUCUCUGCACAUCUGAAAGAUGAAGACGUUUGUAUGGCCUGCCUAGUUUUUAUGGGUGAGCAAUGAUGAUUGUGAAUCUAGAUCUGGUUCCUUUUCUUAAUGGUUAGUGCAACAACUUACAUUGUAUUGUUGAAUGAUAACAACGGAAAAAUUUCUUCUCUGUUGUACAAAAUGCCUUAAUUUUACCUUCAUUAUAUUUUUGGUUAGUGCAACAACUUCCAUUAACUAUACUUUGUACUAAAAAACACUCUUAUGCUUGGAUAAGUGAACUUAGAAAGGCCCCUGAAA